ACAAAGAAUCAUUACAAUCGUGCCUGGUAUGGACUUGUUGUCCGGGACAUAUAUAUUUGCAGUCCUCUUAGCAUGCGUCGUAUUUCAGUCUGGCGCCCAGGAGAAGAACUAUACAGUCCGAGAAGAAAUGCCAGAAAACGUCCUAAUAGGUGACUUGUUGAAAGACCUCAACUUGUCGCUCAUUCCUGACAAGUCCUUAACAUCUCCUAUGCAGUUCAAGCUAGUGUACAAGACUGGGGAUGUGCCACUGAUACGGAUUGAAGAGGGUACUGGUGAGAUCUUCACUACUGGUGCUCGCAUCGAUCGUGAGAAAUUAUGUGCUGGUAUCUUGAUUGAUGCCCGUUGCUUUUACGAAGUGGAGGUUGCUGUUUUGCCAGAUGAAAUAUUUAGACUGGUAAAGAUUCGUUUUCUCAUUGAAGACAUAAAUGAUAAUGCACCAUUAUUCCCGGCAACAGUUAUCAACAUAUCAAUUCCAGAGAACUCUGCUAUAAACUCUCGGUAUGCUCUCCCAGCGGCCAUUGAUCCUGACAUAGGAAUAAACGGAGUUCAAAACUACCAACUAAUUAAGGGCCAAAAUAUGUUUGGACUUGAUGUCAUUGAAACACCAGAAGGAGAUAAGAUGCCACAACUAAUAGUACAGAGAGAGUUAGAUAGGGAAGAAAAGGAUACUUAUGUGAUGAAAGUCAAGGUUGAAGAUGGUGGAUUUCCUCAGAGAUCUAGUACUGCUAUUUUACAAGUAAGUGUCUCUGAUACUAAUGACAACCAUCCUGUGUUCAAGGAGCAGGAAAUUGAAGUUAGCAUACCAGAAAAUGCUCCAGUAGGUACUUCAGUGACACAGCUACAUGCCACAGAUGCUGACAUUGGUGAAAAUGCCAAGAUUCAUUUCUAUUUCAGCAAUCUUAUCUCAAACAUUGCUAAGAGACUAUUUCUUCUCAACACUACCACUGGGCUUAUCACAAUCAAAGAACCAUUGGAUAGAGAGGAAGCACCAAGCCACAAAUUACUUGUUUUGGCAAGUGAUGGUGGAUCAAUGCCUGCAAGAGCAAUGGUGCUGGUAAAUAUUACAGAUGUUAAUGAUAAUGUCCCAUCAAUUGACAUUAGAUAUAUCAUCAAUCCAACUAAUGGUACUGUGGUUCUUUCAGAAAAUGCUCCACUCAACACCAAAAUUGCUCUAAUAACUGUGACUGACAAAGAUGCUGAUCACAAUGGUAGGGUAACAUGCUUCACAGAUCAUGAAGUUCCUUUCAGGUUAAGGCCAGUAUUCAGUAAUCAGUUCCUCCUCGAAACUGCUGCAUAUCUUGACUAUGAAUCUACAAGAGAAUAUGCUAUUAAAUUGCUUGCAGCUGAUUCUGGCAAACCUCCUUUGAAUCAGUCAUCAAUGCUCCUCAUUAAAGUGAAAGAUGAAAAUGACAAUGCUCCAGUUUUCAUUCAGCCUUUAAUAAGUAUUUCUGUUCCUGAGAAUAACUCGCCUGGCACACAGUUAACAAAAAUAAGUGCAACAGAUGCAGACAGUGGACAUAAUGCUGAGAUCAGUUACCUGCUGGGUAUGGAUGCUCCAUCAGCAUUCAACUUGGAUCAACGUACAGGUAUCUUGACUGCAGUGAACAAGCUAGAUAGAGAAAAACAAGAAAAAUAUUAUUUCACUGUUCUGGCAAAAGAUAAUGGGAUACCACCCUUAAUGACCAAUGCCACAGUUUUUGUUACGGUUCUUGAUCAGAAUGAUAACAGUCCAAUUUUCACUCACAAUGAGUACAAUUUUUAUGUCCCAGAAAACCUUCCAAAUCAUGGCACAGUAGGACUAAUUACUGUGACUGAUCCUGAUUAUGGAGAGAAUUCUGCAGUCACCCUCUCCAUUUCCAAUAUGAAUGAUGAGUUCACCAUUGAUCCACACACAGGUGUCAUCAGGCCGAAUAUUUCAUUUGAUAGAGAAAAACAAGAAUCAUAUACUUUCUUUGUAAAGGCUGAGGAUGGUGGUAGGGUAUCACAUUCUUCAACUGCUAAAGUAACCAUAAAUGUGGUUGAUGUCAAUGACAACAAACCAGGUUUUAUUGUUCCUCCUUCUAACCACUCCUAUGAAUUGGUUCUACCGUCCACUAAUCCAGGCACAGUGGUCUUCAAAGUAGUUGCCAUUGACAAUGACACUGGCAUCAAUUCUGAGCUUCGUUACAGUAUUAUAGGAGGAAACACAAAAGGCCUCUUUGUGAUUGACCAAACAACAGGCAAUAUCACACUGAAAGAAAAAUGUGCUGUUGCAGACCUUGGUUUACACAGACUAGUAGUCAAAGUUAAGGACUUAGGACAACCUGAUUCUCUCUACAAUGUUGUGAUUGUCAAUCUGUUUGUGAAUGAGUCAGUUUCUAAUGUGACCCUGAUUCAUGAAUUGGUGCAGAAAAGCAUAGAAAGAGCAGUGACCCAGAAUAUUGAGACAGUUGAUGCAUCCUCACCAACAAUUGACUAUGUUAAAAUCAUGGUUGCUAUUGUUGCAGGCACCAUAACUGUCAUCUUAGUAAUUUUUAUUACUGCUGUUGUAAGAUGUCGUCAAUCACCACAACUUAAGUCUACCCAGAAAAGCAAACAGAAUUCUGAAUGGGUCACUCCAAACCCAGAAAACAGGCAGAUGAUAAUGAUGAAGAAAAAGAAGAGGAAAAUGAAAAAGCAUGUCCCAAAAAAGUUGUUGCUUAACUUCGUCACUAUUGAAGAAACAAAGACAGGUGAUGCCAGCCAUGAUGGAAAUGGGGUGACACUAGAUCUCCCGAUUGAGCUUGAAGAACAGAACAUGAGCAAGUACAAAUGGGGCACUACACCAAGUACCUUCAAACCUGAUAGUCCUGAUUUGGCCCGGCACUACAAAUCUGCCUCUCCACAGCCAACCUUCCAGAUCCAGCCUGAAACUCCCCUGAAUUCGAAGCACCAUAUCAUCCAGGAACUACCCCUUGAUAAUACCUUUGUGGCCUGUGAUUCCAUCUCCAAGUGUUCCUCCAGCAGUUCUGAUCCUUACAGUGUGUCUGAAAGCAGUUAUCCAGUAGCAAUGUUCAAGACUCCUGUGUCUAUACACACCAGACUGACAUGCAAGGAAAUUCUACAAUUUUACACCCCCUUGAAAGAGUUAACAACUGUGGAGAUGUGGACUCAUUCUCUACCACAGAGAAAAUUGGAAGGAAAAAAAGCAGCAAAGAGCCAGAGACGUGUCACAUUUCACCUGCCAGAAGGCUCUCAGGAAAGCAGCAGUGAUGGUGGAAUGGGAGACCAUAAUGCAAGCUGCAUAUCUCAUACUCUAUCCCUAGCGUAUUCUCAGGAGAUAUACUUUGAUCCUAUUGCACCCAACAACCGCACUGAAGGGGAUGGAAAUUCUGAUCCUGAAUCUACUACAGAAUUAACCAUGCAACCAACUGUGGAAGAGAUCUCUGACAACUGCACUCAAGAAUGUCUUAUCUUGGGCCAUUCUGAUACCUGUUGGAUGCCAGCUUCUCUGACCUCUUCCAGUCCUUUACACCCACAGGCCUCUGAUCAGUGUCACAUCCCAUUCCUGCCACAGACCUCUAUUCACAACCAGAGACCACCAGCAACACAGACCAUUGCUCUCUGCCACAGUCCUCCAGUGACGCAAGAUAUCACAUUUUGUCAUGGCCCUCCACCAGCACAGGCCUCUACUCUCCAUCACAGUCCUCCUCUAUCAAAAGCUACUGCACUUGGUCACAGCCCACCACCAAGCCAGGCCACCAUCUUCUGCCACAGUUCGCCUCUGUCACAGACUGCUGGCCUCCAUUGCAGUCAUGCCCAGCAAAAAGUGGGUUUUCAGCAAGAGUGGCUGAAAAGUUCUGGAGCUGAUGAACUUGAUUCUUUUCAUCAGGGAGUACAAGGAAAUGCAAGAGUUCAAUUAUACACCGUGUGUGCAGGACUUUAUCCCAUUGAUGAUUCAAGUAAAAUAAUUUCCUCAACAACCUACACUCCAGGUCAACAAGCCAGACCCUCUAAUGAUGAUCCCCUCAUUUUGGAAGACCAUUCCUUAUAA